UGGUCUUUACUUGACGUGUAGUUCUUCAUGUCGGGGUGGGCGACGGGAUACACGUGGAGAUGUGACCCAUGUGAUUAUUCAAACAGCCCUCAAGGACUCCGAAUGACAAGAGUUGCCUGGUUAUUCCUGUUUUCAAAGUUCAUUGAGCUUAUGGAUACGGUGUUCUUUGUGCUGCGUAAGAAACACAGUCAGAUCACCUUCCUGCACAUCAUCCACCAUUCCUUCAUGCCCUGGACGUGGUGGUGGGGCGUGAGCUACGCACCAGGUGGAAUGGGUUCCUUCCAUGCCAUGAUCAACUCCUGUGUCCAUGUGAUCAUGUACUUCUACUACGGCCUUUCUGCUGCAGGACCUCGCUUCCAGAAGUUCCUCUGGUGGAAGAAAUAUAUGACUGCAAUUCAGCUGAUUCAGUUUGUGUUAGUGUCUCUUCACGUAACCCAGUGGUACUUCAUGGAGAGCUGCGACUACCAGGUGCCUCUGUUCAUCCACCUCAUCUGGAUGUAUGGGACCUUCUUCUUCGUGCUGUUCUCUAACUUCUGGUACCAGGCGUAUGUGAAGGGCAAGAGGCUACCGAAGAACACCCAACAGCGCACCCAGAGUGGCACGGCCAACGGAUCCACCGCAGUCGCCAAUGGCUCGUCGGUUUCAAACGGCCACGGAGUGCAUGAAAAUGGCCUGAGCAACGGGAAGAAACACCACGAGAAUGGAAGCACUCUCAACGGCAAGAUGAAGAAAGCCUGAGAGCUCAGGAAGAGAAGACCCAAAACGGAUGACCAGGAGAACCUUCACGAAGCACUAUGGAGUCCAAAGAAUGUUUUGGGACUUUUCGUUUUCAAAUCUUGUUUUUUUUUUUUUUUUUAUAUGUACAUUGCAUAAGUACAUGGGGAUAUGAAUGCAUUUGAACCCCGUUUGUAUAUAUAUUUUUUUGUCAAAAAUUAAUCUAAAGAAUACUUAUUGAGCACAAUGUAU